AUGGGUGAACGCGAUCAUGUUAGUGGAGAGCCAAUCAUCAUGCUUCGAGAUUGGCAGGCAUCAAAGUUGGGACAAGACCCUCCAGAGGGCAAACAGGAUGAUGCAAUGAGCGCUGGCCAGACAGAACCAAUCACGCAUCAGGUACUGCAGUUUGUUGGACGCAGGCGGCAGUUUGUGAAGGACUCCAUUCGGCUGCUUAGAAGAUGCACCAAACCUGAUAGAAUAGAAUUCCAGAAGAUUGCCAUGGUAACGGCAAUAGGAUUUGCUAUAAUGGGAUUCAUUGGCUUCUUUGUGAAAUUGAUCCAUAUCCCUAUUAAUAACAACAUGGUUGGUGGCUGA